ACUCAGCUCUGUGGGGCUGCUGGCCCCCCUGCAGCCUCUGCCCAGGAGCUGCCUGGGGAUCCCUCUCUUGCUGAGGAAACAAACAUUGAGGUACCCUGGGCUUCAUCUGGGGCUUUGUGGUUGUGUCAGUGCCCUGCCCGUGGUGACUCACACUGACAGUUCACUGCACAGCAAAGCCAGGCUUAGUGCCUGCUCCACAAUGCAGGAAGAGACUGAGAACAUGAGGUGCCACAGAGCAGGACACUGACACAGCAGAUGGAGAAGUGGCUUCGCUCUAACUCAAGUCUUAAACUGAUUAAAAGAAAUAUAGUGAGGCUUCUCCUGUCCUGUGAGACUUUCAGGCACCUUUCAGUCACUAAAGGGCUUCAAAUGGGCUGGAGAGGGACUUGGCACAGGGGCCUGGAAUGACAGGACAAGGGGGAGCGGUUUCACACUGUGAGACAGCAGGGUUAGACUGGGUUUUGGGAAGAAAUUCUUCCCUGUGAGUGUGGUGAUGCCUUGGCACAGGUUGCCCAAAGGAACUGUGUCUGCCCCAUUCCUGAAAGUGUCCAGGGCCAGACUGGAUGGGACUUGGAGCAACCUGGCCAGUGGAAGGUGUUUCUGCCUUUGAGGUCCCUUCCAGCCCAAGCCAUUCCAUUCCAUUCCAUUCCAUUCCAUGACUCCAUGAGUCUGUGACCCAGUGGCUGCCAGGGAUGAGGUGUGCUGCCUGGCAACAGGAGUUGUGAUGAAAAGGGGCAUGAGCAGAGCAAGCUCCAGUCUGUGACGGACAAGGGAUGAGGAAGGAGCCUGCUGGCUACUCCACCUUUUUAACAUCACUUUUGCUCAUUCCUUUCAUUAUACGUUUUAGCAUCCCUGACAGGCCCAACUGGGCAGGAAGGCUUGUGACAAAUCAGGGACAGAGUGUGUGCAGUCAUGGCAACAUCCCUGGACACACUCAGCCUCUCCCAGAUGCUGGAUCUCGCCAUUGGGACACCCCAGAAGGGAUCUGUUCACUUUGCAGCCUUGAGAAAACUGCUGCAGGCUGUGCUGGAGCACCUGGAUGUGCAGUACCUGACAAGUGAGGAGCCAUGGCCAGGCCAGCUGAGUGGCCCCUCACUUGCUGAUGUGGCUGCUGAAGUGAAAGAAUUUAAGAAGGAGAUGAAAGAGUAUAAGAAACACACGUCCAAGGUAGAGGCUCUUCCCCGCCCCUGGGCACUCCCCCAGCAGACAGCCCCUCUCUGCUUCCUCACACAGCCGUGCUUGGCUCUGCCCUCACUGCCCUGGCAGAGCCGCUGGCAGGGGCUCUUUGCUGUCUGGAUGGGCUUCAGUGCUCUGGCACUGAGCCCGGCUGGGGCAGGUGGCACUGGGACUCUCCCUGCUCACCUGGCUGUGCCAUGGGCUGCCCGUGGCAGGGUGGGGCUCUUUGGGGUGUUGCUGCCCUGGCCAUCACCUCUGACAUCCCUGAUUCUUGAACUGCUUCACAGGUUCUUCGCGAGGAGAUUGGUGGGAUAAAGGCAGAAAAUUCCCGCAUAGCAGAGAACCUGAAGAAGUUCCAGGAGGCACAGGUCUGUGCAGACCACUGAGGUGGUGAAUGUCGUUUUGCCUCCACUCCUCAUAUCUGAUACCACUUUCUCCUACAGUCCGGCAUGGCAGAAAACAUGAAGAAGAUCCAGGAGGCACGGGAUGAGGUCACAUCCCUCUCUGAGAAUAUCACUGAGGAGAUUGACAGGAUAAAGGAAGCACAGAACCACACAGCACAGAAGAUUAAGGAGUUGGCUGCCUCAAUUAAGAAGCUGGAGGAAGACCUUAAAAAGCUGAGGCAGGAUGCAGCGAAGUGGAAAGAAGAGAGCAGCAAUGAGAUCUCUCAGCAACUCGAGGCUUUGCUGGAGGAGACAAAGCGUGAGCUGCAGAAGAUGGGAGAGCAGCAGGAGAUGAGGAAGGCCAUGCUGGAGCAGCUGGUGACUGAGAUAACCAACAAGGUGAACGAGCAGAUGAGCUGGCUGAGAUAG